GGAGAGAGAAAAUUCCCAAUUGUAUAGCUCCUUCGUCCUUGGCCUCUCCGCGUCCUUGCUCCGCCGCCUUCUUGCGGCUUCGCCUGUGUAUAUACGGUAAAGUUGCAGCCACCUCUUUGGUUGGACUCGCUUGGGUCACAUUCCUAUCGAGUAUAUUCUCUCUGUAUAAAACGAGCUUCUGAAAUCUAAAGCGCCCACUCUAAUUUCCACAGAAAUCAAGAAGAGUGAAAUUCUGAUGAAAUGGCGCACAGACUAUUGAGAGACGCUGAAGCAGACGGAUGGGAACGAUCCGACUUCCCUAUCAUAUGCGAGUCUUGCCUCGGCGACAGCCCUUAUGUUCGAAUGACAAAAGCAGAUUAUGACAAGGAGUGCAAGAUUUGCACACGGCCUUUCACUGUUUUCAGGUGGAGGCCUGGUCGUGAUGCAAGGUAUAAGAAAAGUGAGAUCUGUCAGACUUGCAGUAAGCUGAAGAAUGUUUGUCAAGUUUGUCUUCUGGAUCUAGAAUAUGGUUUACCUGUUCAGGUUCGAGACACCGCAUUAAGCAUUAAUUCAAAUGAUGCCAUCCCAAAGAGUGAUGUGAACAGAGAAUACUUUGCUGAGGAGCAUGAUCGCAGGGCAAGAGCAGGAAUAGAUUAUGAAUCUUCCUAUGGGAAGGUGCGGCCAAAUGACACAAUUCUAAAGCUUCAAAGGACAACUCCCUAUUACAAGAGAAAUCGUGCUCAUGUUUGCAGUUUCUAUGUCCGUGGACAAUGUACAAGGGGUCUCGAGUGCCCAUACAGACAUGAGAUGCCAGUUACUGGGGAACUAUCUCAGCAAAACAUCAAGGACCGUUACUAUGGAGUCAAUGAUCCAGUGGCAAUGAAGCUUCUCAACAAGGCUGGUGAAAUGCCUUCGCUUGAGCCCCCUGAAGAUGAGAACAUAAGAACCCUCUAUGUGGGUGGACUUGAUGCAAGAAUCACUGAGCAAGAUCUGAGGGAUCACUUCUAUGCUCAUGGUGAAAUUGAAUCCAUAAAGAUGGUGCUCCAACGAGCUUGUGCAUUUGUAGCUUACACGACAAGAGAAGGUGCUGAGAAAGCAGCUGAAGAACUUGCAAACAAACUGGUAAUAAAGGGUCUGAGGCUGAAGCUGCUUUGGGGGAGACCACAAGCACCAAAACCAGAAUCUGAAAUCUCUGAUGAAGCAAGACAGCAGGCGGCAGUGGCUCAUAGUGGUUUGUUGCCUAGGGCUGUUAUAUCACAGCAGCAGAACCAGCCUCUUCAGCCACCAGGCACACAUGACCAACCCCCAGCUAUGCCCUACUUUAAUAUUCCUCCACAGCCUCAGCAGGAGAGGGCAUUUUAUCCCUCGAUGGAUCCUCAAAGAAUGGGUGCUCUUGUACCAUCCCAAGAUGGAGCUUCAAGUGGACCAUCAGGGAGUGGUGAUAACAGAAGUGGUCCGGAGAAGCAGCAUCAGGGGCAGCAUUAUGCUUACCCUGGUGGACCACCACCUCCUCAAGGUCAAUUCUAUCAGCAAUAUUAUCCCCCUUACGGGUAUAUGCCACCUCCACCGCCUCCUUAUCAGCAAUACCCCCCCUAUCCGGCUUCAAUGGUUCCACCACCUCCCAGUACUGGGACAAAUCAUCAACACCCCCCUCCUUAUCAGUCUAGAGUGCCUCCACCUCCCACCGGCACAGACCAAUCAGCUUAUCAGCACAGAGCACCACCUGGGUCCAAUCAACAGCAUCAUCCUCCUUAUCAGUCUGGAGUGCCGACACCAUCACCCAGUGCUCCACCGCCAGCUACCGGUGAGCAACAUCAUGCUAGAGUUCCUUCCGCUAGUGGUGAACAAGCAGGGACAAGUCAGCAGAUGCCAUCAUCGGAGACGGAUCAGCAAUCAUAACCUGUUUUGCUUCGUUAUCUUUUGUGUGCUGAUAAUGUGUAUUAAUGAUUGAGAAUUGCGGCUGCUAAAGAUUAUACACACGCAGUUAGUUUCAAUUAAGCUGUUGUUUGCGUGAAGAAUAUUCAAAUUUUUGCUCAAAUUUGUUGGUAUAUCCGUCGAAGGUUUUCAAUUUGUACA